UAUGGCUGAAGGAAGUCUGUCCAGUUGAGUUUAAGGACAUACAAAUUAGUGUUAAUAACGCUCAAGAGCAGAGAGAAACUAGCCAAAUGUUGACUUGGCAGCAAUGGUGGCAGCACGUGGAAUAGUUUGAUUGUCACCUGUUUUCGUGUUAUGGGAUACACUCCUUUUCUCACUGGGAUAGUGCUAUAACAAGAGUUCUCGGAACUGCUGUUUCCAGCCGUAGAAGAAAUAAGUGAAUUGCUGGAGCUGACCUAAUAAUCAUUGUUGUCAUUGUGGAGCUGACCGGAUAAUCAAUUGUGGUCAUCGUGAAAGCGUUAAACAUCGUUUAUACCACAGUGUUCAAGUGUUUCACAUGGUAUAAUAACUUUUUGUACGCAUUCUUUCCGAUGUAUUUGUCCGUUUUGUUUCAAUGUGCAGUUUGAAUUCAAAUGAAAGAAGGAAAAUUUCAUUGUGCGCUUGUUUGGAGGAAUUCGAAGCUUCAGAAUCUAUAAUUCAACUUGCGGAUUUACAUGCAGUAACACCACCAUUCCCAAGAGACUAACCCAUCGUCCAGUCAUAAUCAUCGAGUCAUCUCACUUCGGUAAUCGAUAUUGUGUCGCCUGAAUCAACAGAGUUGGAAGGCCAGUAUUUCUGAAGAGGUUACUCUCCCCAUCUCCAGUUUACGACCAAAUGGAUUCCUGCAUCUAAAAGAGAACCUGAGAGUAAACGCAUCAUGACAUCUAGGAUGAUGUCAUUGAUUCAGCAGUUGGUCAUAUUUAUGGCCUUGUUGGUUUCCAUGGUGAUGGGUCAAGCAACAGUCCGUUUCUUGGAUACAAACCUUGUUGUAAAUGAAGGUGAUCAGUUUGACUUGAGAGUACAAAGAACUGGAACCAUAACUUCUGAGUUGGUGGUUAUUGUUGAAAUUGAAAGUGAUCUCAGUGAUGACUUUAUCGGAGACACUCAAGUUGCUAGAUUCACUCCAACUGGUUCCGACACAGUGGCCGUGACCUUCACAGUUAGAGAUGACGAUCUGGCCGAGCCUGAUGAAGUCAGCAUCCUGCAAAUCACCAUUGUGGAAAGAGCGGCCAUUGCUGUUGAUCCUUCCCAGACGCGGGUCACCAUUCUGGCCAAUGAUGAUGCUUAUGGUGUCUUUGGCUUCACUGAGGCAUCACCUCGACUGGUGAUUGAGAAGACAUUCACGGAGGUGAUCAACAUAAAUAUCGGCCGACAGAGAGGAUUGUAUGGCAGUAUAAUGGUCAGCUAUAUGAUCAAUGGAAGCAGUUUGGAGGCUGAUGUAGAGAGAGACAUCACACCAAGAAGUGGCUUUGUUAGAUUUCUGCCAAACGAAAGGGCUAACAACCUUCAACUUCAGAUCAGAGCAGAUGAUAUACCUGAAAAUGCUGAAUCAUUUACAGUUUAUUUGGUGGAUACAUCUCCCAAGGCCAGUAUUGAUGAAACUCUAUCCUCAUUUACCUUCAUCAUACAAGCCAAUGAUGCACCUCUUGGCUUCCGCAGUCCUAUGUACAGAUUUCCAGAGGGACCAGGCCGUCAGACAUAUUCUGUACAGGUGAAUCGUGGUCUGGCUACUGAUGGCAUCACCAGAAUUGGCUCUCUCUCAGAACAGGCAACAGUUCAGUACACGGUCAGCCCACAAACUGCUCAACGAAAUGUAGACUUUACAGCAAACAAUGGCCAACUGAUAUUUGGACCACAGGAAACUGUCAAGACUAUUUCAUUUGUUGUUCUUGAUGAUAACCAGCCCGAGAUGAAUGAAACAUUUCUGUUCCGUCUUUCAACAUUUUCGGGCGAUGUUGUAUGGGCUCCUAAUGGCCAGACAACCACAGUUGUAAUAAGUGCCAAUGACAAUCAAAAUGGAGUCAUCAGCUUCAGAACAGAAAAUAGCGCAACAAUACACCCAGAGGUGAGAGUCAAUGAGGAUGUAUAUUCUGAAGCAGUGUUCACAGUUGUUAGGACUGCUGGGACAUUUGGUCGUGUGACGGCCAGAUGGGAAGUCGGACAUUACAACGAAACAACUGACCAAGUAACAUCAGAUGUGGGGCCGACUGUUGGAGAGGUUGUGUUUCCAAGUGGCGCCAAUACAGCUGAAAUCAGAGUUACCAUUGUUCAGGACACAUUCCCAGAGCCAGCUGAGAAGUUUGUAGUGACACUGAUGGCAGCAACCGGCGGCGCCACAGUUGAAGGAGUCACCCAAGCUUAUCUGCUCAUAGAAGACAGUGAUGAUAUGUAUGGUAGAAUCGAAUUUGAUUCUGCAUUCCAACAACAGAUCCAAACUACCACCACUUCCCGGUCCCUGAAACUUCAGCUGAAGCGUGAAGGAGGGCGAUUUGAAAACCUCAUCGCCAAUAUUUCAUUGACAUACUAUGAUAAUAGCAACAGAGACCGAACAGACGAGGUGCUGGCACAGCGCUUCUUUGAGAUGCCUCUACUGCAAGGGAUUGACAUCAUCACCGAUCAAGUACCGCUGCUACCUCAUGCGUUUCUGCAGACAGGAGGAAGAUUUGAUGCCAACAUUACAGCUGUCAUUAUUGAAAGAACUCCUGAGCUAGGGAACUACAACAGCCCUGUGAUACAGUCUCGGAGGCAAGUCAGCAUUCCGAUCACAUCUGCCACUGCCAAUGGGGAGAUAGGAUUUGCCAACAUCUCCAGUGUUAUGGUGGAAGAGCCUACAUCAGGCGCCAGCACGGUUCCGCUGAAGAUCAGCCGUGAAGGAAGCAGUGGAUCAGUCAACAUCAGGUGGGUCGUGACAGCAGUCGGGGAGUCGGCAGCAUCUGUUACAGCCAAUGACUUUAACAGUAUGACAGGCGUCGUUACCAUGCCAUCAGGUGUGUCUGAGAUUGACAUAAUCCUCGGGAUCCGAGCUGAUGACAUUCCGGAGAUCGAUGAAACUGUGACAGUAGACUUGAGGAUUGAGGGGUCUUCAGUGGAAAGGUUACGACCUGGCUCAACCGAGGUCAAUGUCACUAUAUUGGCCAAUGACAAUCCAGCUGGAGUGUUUGAAUUCUCUUCAUUGAUGCAGAGCAGUUAUAGAAUUGAGGAGGGGUCUGAAGCAGUGACAGUGAUUGUAGAGCGCAGUGGUGGAUCUCUCACUGUGAAGGAAGUAGAGUACCGAGUAUCACCCCGAGGAACUGAGGAGUUCUAUGGAGGAACUAGUGUCCUGAGGUUUGCUCCUGGUCAGACCAGGGCAACAGGGACUCUAGUAGCUAAGUCAGAUGGCAUACCUGAGCUCGAUGAGCAGUUCACCCUUCAGCUUGUGAGUUAUGGUACACCUCCUGCCCAACUGGGUACUCGUCUCAACAUCCCCAUUACAGUCUCAGCUAAUGAUGCACCCUCAGGAAUCAUCCAAUUCUCCAUGGAUCCCACCAUUGUCUACAUGGGGGAGAGCACCAACAUCAACACGGUGUACCGGGAUCUGAUUGUACAGAGGAGUCGAGGAACGUUUGGACAGGUGUCGGUAGCCUGGCAGUUGCCACCCAGUGCUCAAGCGGACCUCACCCCCACCUCUGGAACGAUCACCUUCACAGAGGGACAGGCUCAGCAAACAAUCCGAAUAUCUUCUGUACCUGAUGAUAUACCAGAGAGUGAUGAGACGUACAUUCUGCAGUUGGCUGUACCUACUGGUAACGCCCAACCAGGUGUUCCGAUGAGAGCCACCAUUGUCAUCAGACAAAAUGACCACCCAGUAGAAUUUACAGAGGUCUGGAAGGAUGCAAGAGAGCCAUCUCAGGUUCAGUUCACCAUUCAGAGAACAGGCCGCCUGACAGAUACAACAAGAGUACGGUACAGAACGCUGGACGGGUCAGCAUCCAGCAUUUCCCAAGACUACACCAGUGUAGACUCAGAAGUUACCUUCAACCCUGGAGAGACUCAAAAGAGCUUCUUCUUAGAAGUCUUGGAGGACAACCUGCCCGAGGGGAAUGAGACCUUCCAGGUGCAACUGUACAAUCUGGGAGGUGAUUUCAUCCUGACGAACAGAUCCACAGCUACAGUGAUGAUCCUCGCCAAUGACGAUGCAUAUGGAGUCUUCCGCUUCAAUGAGCCAUUGGCGAAGGAGGCUAGCGAGGGAGAGACUGUUUACUUUGACAUCGUGCGUGACCAGGGUUCGUUUGGUCAGGUGAAUGUCUUAUGGCAGAUCCGCGACAUGCUCACCAAUCAAAUGGUGUCAGGCACUAGAGAAUUUGAAGCAACCAGCGGAGUAGUCCAGUUCAAUGAAAGUCAAGGUCAGCUGCCCAUUAUCAUCAAGCCUCUUCCGGAUGACAUCCCUGAGAGUGAAAAGACCUACAAGGUUGUGCUCAUGGGAGUUACUGUUGUUUCUGGGAGGACAGACACUGUGUUGGCAAGACUGGAUUCUACAAGAACUGAGGGCACUCUGAAGAUCAAACAGAGCGAUGAGCCAUUUGGCAAGUUUGCUUUCCCUGCCAUGUCUGAUGAGAAAAACAUUGCUGAGGAUGUGAUUCCAGGCCAGGAGGCGGCCACUUCUGCUACCUUUACUGUGGAAAGACAGCAGGGUAGCCUUGGAAACACACAGGUCCUGUGGGAAGUUUUCUCAGCAAGAAUGGGUGGCAAUCCUCCCAAACUGGUGGAUCUAAUCUUUGUGGGUGACCAAUCCUCGGGCGUGACUACUCGAAAUGACAAGCGGCGAUCAGGCACAGGGACCCAGGUGUUGUUUUUCUCCAAUGGUCCAAGAAGUUAUGUCACAGUCCCUGUGUCUGCUCAACCCAAGCCUGCAGACAUCAUGAAUGGUUUCAGUCUGAGUGCAUGGGUCCAACCCCAAUCAAACGUUACUGGUUACAUCUUGGCUAAGACGUCUACAGAUGGUCUGAAGCACUUCUACAGUCUCAAACUACAAAUGUCAUCAUCGUCGUCAACUAUUGAACUGGCACUGGCCAGGCCAAAUUCGGGCGGAAGCCAGGUGUACCCAGCUGUGACCAGUGUCAACCUCAGUGAUGGCAACUGGCAUCAUAUUCUGGCAUCUGUUGCCAAUGGAAGCGCUAAGAUAUAUAUCGAUGGGAUGCUUAUUUCAACAAGAGCUCUGAUACAACCUGACAUCAUAGACGAGCAAGGAGUGAUGUUCGUGGGAUCACUGUCCCCAGGACAGGGAAUAUAUGAAGGCUUCAUGCAGGAUGUGCGGGUCUUCCUCAGGAGCCUGGUUGAGGAAGAGAUCCUUGAAAUCUAUGAGACUCCAGCCAUUAAGGACAUCAUGCCGAUCUCUGGGAUCCUGACGUACAGUACCGCGGUGAGGACAAGUACGUUCAACAUCCAGUCUCUGCAGGACAUAGAAGAGGAGAGCAACGAGGUGUUCACAGUCACUCUGGUGUCUGUUAAUGGUGGUGCUGCCAUCUCGGACACUGGUUACCUUGCCACACUUACAGUUCUGAAGAGUGACAACUCAAAUGGCUUGUAUGGCUUCCUCCAAUCAUGUCAGCCAUCACGCACAGGCAACGAAAGUGCACUGAUCACGUGUGUCAUCGGGCGGACCAGGGGAGACGAUGGGGUCGUGACCAUCACGUGGGUCGUCCAGCAGGACGUCAACAAUGUAUAUGUUCCAGCUGUGGAUGACUUCAUCCAGUCCAGAGGAGCACUGACCUUCAGGGCUGGGGAGAGGGAGAAGAGUUUACAAUUCCAGAUAAAAGAAGACAAUUUGCCAGAAAAAGCAGAAAUAUUUCGUGUUUACUUGGAAUCUGCUAUAUCAGGUGAUGGACUUGCAGGAUCAACGAAUCAGAGUGGAGCUAGCAUCGACCCUGCGACUAGAUCUUCUAGCCUCAUCAUAGACGACACUGACUUCCCUCAUGGCCUACUGCAGUUCUCAGCUUCCACAUCUCCACCACAACAAAACGGACCAGUGAUUGUUCCUGCCACUCAGCCUGUUACCAUUAUGGCAAGGGAGGAAGAUCGGGUGGCCGCUUUAAUGGUGGUUCGGGCUCAAGGACUAAUCGGCCAGGUCUCCGUGGAAUGGAGGACCAUUGAUGGCACUGCCAGGAGCUCAGGGAAGUCACCACCAGAUUACAUUGGUUCUUUGGGUGCAGCCUCUCAGUUUAUCCUGGGGGAUCAAGAGAGAUAUGGAUUUCUGAACAUCACCCUCCUGGACAACACGAUUCCAGAGCCAUCCAAAUCAUUCACUGUGGAGCUGGUGAACCCAGGGGGUGGCGCCAGCGUGGGUCCGGGGUCAACGGUUACCGUCGUUAUAGGGGCAUCUGAUGGCGCAUUUGGCAUCUACCAGUUUGCCAAUGAUUCUCUUGCUGUGCAGGCCCAAGAAACGGGGGAUAUUGGUUUCAACAGCAUCAGUCUUAAUAUUGUUCGUCUGGGAGGAACCUAUGGCACAGCUCAGGUCAGAUGGCAGGCAAUAAAUGACAAUCAAAAUGACCUUAUGUUAAAUAAUGGAGUGGUCAACUUUGCACAAGGUCAGACAUCUGCUGCAGCAGAGAUACAGAUCCGAGGUGACUUGGUUCCAGAACUGGAUGAGAACAUUAAUAUAGUUCUCACUGCAACAACUGAGGGUGACCUUGGGGACGCUUCCCGGAGGACGGCGGUUGUGACGAUCCUGGCUAAUGAUGGACCUUAUGGAGUGUUCACCAUCACAGACACGCAGAGACCCACCAUUGUGCAGGAGGCAAACACAGAUGUCUCUGUUACAAUUCGAAGACAAAAUGGGCUAUUUGGGACUGUAGAUGUGAGUUACGCAUCGCUGCUUCCCAACGAGAGCUAUAACUACCUACCAGGUCAGGUAAACAGAGCAGGAAGUACUGACUUCAUAUCUGCGUCUGGGACAGUGAGGUUCCUGCCCAAUCAGGAGUAUGCCACUUUCAGUGUGACCAUCCUGGAUGAUGACAUCCCAGAGCUGGAUGAGAGCAUCUUUGUGGAGCUGAAACAGGCCGUUCUUAUACAAGGAGCACAGCAAAGACCAGAGCAUCUUUGUGGAGCUGAAACAGGCCGUUCUUAUACAAGGAGCACAGCAAAGACCAGGUAUGGAAGCAUCUUUGUGGAGCUGAAACAGGCCGUUCUUAUACAAGGAGCACAGCAAAGACCAGUGCCAGAGUCUCCACGUCUUGGGCAGAGCUCCCAGAGCUACGCUCAGAUCAUCAUCAGCAGGAACGAUGAUGCGAGUGGGAGGGUGGAGCUGUCAGCGUCAUCGCUGGAGGUCACUGAGGAGUCCGGUCCACUGGAGCUGUAUGUCAACAGGGUUGGUGGAUCAUUUGGGGAGAUCACUGUAAGGUUCCGCACAGUCGACCUGGAAGCUGCCAACCUCCAGGAUUACAUCAUCACUGGUGCAGGGCAGGUCAUACUCAGUGAUGGAGAAGCACAGAAGAGACUCCCUAUCCGUAUAGAGAAUGAUUUCAUACCAGAGACACGCGAGAGGUUCAGGAUUGAGCUACUGGAUUCAAUCACUGGGGGUGCCUCUCUUGGUUCAGCCCGCCAAGCCAUUGUCACAAUAUUGCCUUCUGAUGAUCCAAAUGGAGCUUUUGGGUUUGCAACUACGGGGCAGGAGACGCAGGAGCUAGCCAAUAACCAGAAUCCUGUGAGCAUCACAGUCUCAAGGACUGGGGGAGUACAGGGUGUCAUCACCGUCAACUGGGAAGCCAGACUUAAUGGGCAACUGGCCACUGCUGACAUAACACCUUCAUCAGGGCAGUUGUACUUUGUGUCCAAUGAAGGCAGCAAGCAGAUCAACAUCUUCAUCUUACCUGAUGAUAUUCCAGAAGGAGAGGAGAAAAUCAACAUAACCUUGACCUCUGCUAACAAUGGUGGACGGAUUACGGACCAGAACUCAUUUAUUCUGACCAUUGCUCCAAAUGACAACCCUCACGGUGUUGUCCAGUUUUUACGACAAACUUACGAACUCAAUGAAAUAAUAGGGAGCCAACCCCAGUUUCUAGCUCUUGAGAGAUAUGGUGGCACAUAUGGCCGUCUCCGAGUGUACUACACAGUAUCGCAGACCAGAUUGUCAGAUCUGGCGCUCGAUCUUACAAAGCCAUUUGUUACUUACUUUUACGAACCCCAAUCUGGACAAAGAUUUGAUCGGAUACCCGUUGAUGUCUCACAAGAAUCAAACCCCUUCAUGUUCAAGCAUGUAGUGCCUUUUGUCUCAACCGUGAAGACUGCAGAGCGUACACAUAUCGCCGUGACAACGAAUCCACAGAGUGUUUCUGGCACAAUACAGACUUCUCCGGGAACCCUGACACCUGAUGUCAAUGCUCAGUAUUACGUGAAGAAUGCCACAAUGGUGGCUAUGUUGGAGGGGUCCCAAGCCCGGCCAUCGGCAGAUUAUGUGCCUAUCACUGAGGCCUCCGUCAUCGUGGAUGACCAGGCUUCGUCAGCUCAGCUUCCAGUCACAAUCAUCGAUGACAACCUGCCAGAACUUGCAGAGAAGUUCCAGGUGACGCUGUUGCGAGUCAUUGUAGAUGACCCUGCAGCCAGGACUUCACAAGCCCCGACUCUUGGGACCGUGAAAACAACGACUGUAAUCAUCCCUCCCAAUGAUGAGGCCAACGGUUUGUUCAGCAUCUACAGCACUCAGUCUGUCACACAGAGUGAGGUGUUCGUGCAGGAGAGAGACAGGCAGGCAGUCAACCUCAUUGUGGAGAGAACAGGAGGGACUAUUGGUGAGGUGUCUGUAGACUGGUCAGUGGCACCAGGUCCUUCUGCUACGUACCAGAUAGACUUCAUAGCAGACGGUGCCACCCUUGUGUUUCCAGAGGGACAAUCACGUUCCGUUGUGACUGUGACGAUCUUGGAUGACCGGGACCCCGAGGACAAGGAGAACUUCACUAUACAGCUAAGUAACCCACGCGGAGGUGCUCAGGUCGGUCCCAGGUCGAAUAUAACCAUCGUCAUCCUAGAGAACGACAAUGUAGCAGGUGUGGUCAGUCUGGACGACACGGCCAAAAUAGCCUCCGAAGGUGAAAGUUUCACAUGUCGGGUAUCAAGGACCUCGCCAGCGUAUGGCACAGUAGUGGUCAGCUGGACAGUAGAUGGCAUGAACGGCCUGCUGCCACAGAAUGGCUUCCGGCAGUACAGUGGAAUACUGACAUUUGCCCCUGGAGAGCUGUUUAAGGUGAUAUCUUUGUCAGUGUUGACUGAUGAGACACCUGAAGUUAACGAGGAAUAUCGCCUUAGAUUGUUUAACCCAAUCACGCAAGGUGUUGGGGUAACUGGGGCUGCUACAAUUAACACCCAACGAAGUAGUGCCAUCAUCACCAUCAGAGGCAGCGACAACCCACAUGGCCUCUUCCAGUUUGCACUCACAUCUCAAGCUGUUCGUGUUGAAGAAGAUGUCGGAAGAGUCAACUUGCAAGUUGACCGAAAGUUUGGAACCAUCGGUGCCGUCCAAGUGUCCUAUGUUAUUUCAGGGGGUUCUGUUACACCGACUUCAAAUGUUUUAAUUUUAGCAACGCCCAAUGUUGACUUCAGUGCCAUGAAUAACGGUCAGAUAACAAUUCCUGAUGGUGGAGCAUCUGGCACCAUUGUUGUCGACAUCAGGAACGAUGACACUCCUGAAAUUGAUGAAGUGUUUACUGUUAGUCUGACAGCUGUGACCUUGAUAGGAUCUAACAAUGUGCAGUUUCCUCCUCAACUUGCAUCAAAUGUCACCUCGGAGGUGAUAAUCAGUGCCAAUGAUGGAACAAGAGGCCUCAUCAUGUUUGGUGAAUCUUCAAGAAGUUUCUCUGUUGAUGAGAACAACAUGAAUAUAUCUCUGUCUGUGGUGCGAGAUCGAGGCACUUUUGGCGAGGUCUCUGUGUACUUCUAUAGCCAGGCAAUUACUCCGGGGAUCCAGGCUGGAAUAGACUACAAACUCACUCCACAGCAAAUAACUUUUGCUGCUGGAGAGAACACUAAGACUAUGCUGGUGGAAAUCAUGAAUGACAACGCACCUGAGCCAAACGAGGUCUUUGAGGCAAUCUUGGCAAACCCUCAAGGAGCGGAACUUGGAAGCUUUGCAACAGCUACUGUGACUAUCCUCGCCAAUGAUGAUGCCAGUGGCAUCAUCGACUUAGAAGACAACAGCACAGUGGUGUUACGAGAACCAACUGGAGACAACCUGGUACAGAGCAAGGCUGAACUACGCUUGUACCGAGGUCCGGGGAACUAUGGUGUGGUUCGUGUUCCGUUCACCAUAACAUCAGCGGACAACGUCCCUGUCACAGACAUCGUGCCUGCUUCUGGAUUCAUCAUAUUUGAGGAUUUGUCGAUUCGCAGUACUUUGGAGAUUCAGGCUGUUGAUGACAACAUCCCUGAGGGUCUGGAGAGGUUCACCCUGACGCUUCAGUUACCAGACAACAAUGCCAAGCUGGGAUCCAUGGUGCAGAAGGAGAUCACGAUCGAACCUAAUGACUCACCUCAAGGACUCUUUGAAAUAUUUGUGUCCAACACAAGGAACACAUCAACUUCUCUUGAAGAAAGCCCUGGAAUAGUUAAUCUGGACAUAAUCAGAUCACGGGGAUCAGAUGGAACAAUUACUGUCAAUGUCAACACAGUUGCAGAAACGGCCUUGACAGUAUCUUCACAGGGGGAGAUCACUCUAGCCUUGUUACAGAAAAUACCCAGUGUGCAAGUGAGUGGGUGGCAUAGUUUCACUGUGGGAGGCGCCACGUACAUUCUGAUGCUGACAUCUCUACCAAGUGGGACAACUCUGAGAUCCCAGGUUCCAACAGGCCCCUAUCAAGGAAACGGCCAGUCAGCUCUCUUCAGGUGGCAGGGAGAGGCAGUGUAUCGCAGUACUGUGGCAAGUGAUGGUGCAGCUGCAGCUACGUCGUUUGUGCUGGACAACGUUACAUAUCUCAUGCUGGCUAAUGGUGGGAGGCAGGGGAGCCGCGAGGUGAACUCAGUCCUGUACACUGUCACAGACCAAGGAACACUGGCCCCAAGCCAAGUCUUCCCAACCAUUGGCGCCAGUGAUGUGAAGUUCAUCAGUCACCAGGAGCAGCACUUCUUGGUGAUAUCACACGCCCUGAACAAUGCCAGCCAGUCCAACCUGAAGGUCAGCCUUCACAUCUACAACUCUGUCACCAAACAGUUUGGAGUGUCGCCAUGGCAGGAGAUCUCCACCUUGUACGCUCAUGCCAUCUCUCUCUUCCAUCUUGAGGGGGUCCUCUUCAUGGCCGUAGCAAGUUUCUACGACUGGACAAAGAGUUCAUAUGAAACAAACUCGGCAGUCUACAAGAUGGGAGCAGAUUUUCGGUUUUCUCAGCACCAGACCCUUGCCACCCAAGGUGCUAUGGAUGUUGACUUUGUGAACACAGGCACCAUGCAACUCUUGGUAUUUGCCAAUAACCGUCAGAAUGUAGUCCGUAGUCCCCAACAGUCUGGCAUCUAUAGAUACGACAGCGCUACAAAACGGUUCCUCAACCAUCAGUUCCUGGAGACAACCAGAGCAGAGUCGGUGGCCUCUGUCACCGAUGGAGAGAACUUCUACCUAGCAUUUGCUAACACUCUCAGUUCAUCUGUGGUGUAUAAGUGGGACAGGUCAAGAAGUGUCUUUGAGUCAGCUUGGAUUGGUGCCACUCAACGUCGGCUUCAACCAAUCGUCAUCCAGCAAUCCAAUGGCCCUCUGCUUCUAUUGGCUGGAGCUCCGGUGGAUGAGGGACCAGAUGGGGCAACUAUUUUCCAGCUUGCUCAAGUCAACCUGCUUAGUGAUUUUGUGCCAAGACUCCUGACAAUGACCUUCUAUCCUGGUGAGACUGUUCGCCACACAACUGCUAUUGUGUUACAAGACAACAUUCCUGAGGACACUGAAACAUUCCGGGUGUCCCUCGUAGACCCUACAGCAGGAGCUGAAAUAGGUCAGCCGGGAUCAGUGGUUGUCAGCAUUCUGUCCAACGAUAAUGCACAUGGCAUCAUUGAAUUCUCAGAUGACUCACUCGAUGUGCUUGUUGAGGAGAAGAAUGGCGAGGACACCACCAUACAGUUGAAUGUCAUCAGAACAGGUGGUCACUUCGGCCGUGUGGUCGUCAGAUGGACGGCAACUGGGGACCACACUGGCACAUCUGACAUCACACCACUGUCCGGACAGGUUGAGUUUGCCAAUGGUCAAGUGUUGUCGACAAUCACGAUGACAGUGCGGGACGACUUGGAGGCGGAGUUUGCCGAGGAGACCUACAUCCAGUUGGUGGAGGUUUUGGAGAGAGGUACAUCCCUGCCAAAUAAAGGGGCAACAAUAGGCCAAAAGACAACAAGCAAGGUGACGGUUCAGGCCAAUGACUCCCCACAUGGAGUUGUGUCAUGGGAGACACAAUUGACAACAACAAGCGAGCCACAAGGUACAGACUUGGCUCUUCGGCUGAAGAUCAUCCGUCAACAGGGUACUGAAGGGUCCAUCAGAAUCUUCUAUGUGACCUCCACUGCAACUGGUCUGGCUCCUGAGAACCGAGCAGUCGCAGGUGUGGACUACGUGUCGACACAGAGCUCUGUUACCAUGGCAGCAGGGGUCACAGAAGCUGAAGUCACAAUCACAGUUAAACAGGAUAACUUGCCCGAACCUGAUGAGAGUUUCUACGUGAACAUCACAAGCGUGGAGUUAGUUGGGAGCACAGGUUCCUCCAGUUCUCAGCCCAGCAUCCGCGUCCCUGGGGAAUACACACAGAUCAGAAUCACUGAGAAUGAUGACCCUGGUGGUGUGGUGCAGUUCAACGUCACACUGAAUGUUGAAGGAAGGGUGGACACGUAUGAAGAAUACGGCAGCACCAACAAAGUGAUUCUGCCUCUCAGUCGAGUCAGCGGGUUGUUUGGCGAAGUUCUGGUCACGUGGCUGGCUCAGCCUAUCGAAGCCAACACAGAUGACUUUUCUCCAUCGGAUGGAACUGUCAGGUUUCAGAAUGGUCAGAGCAGUGCCCAGAUUGAGAUUUCCAUCACAGAUGACACAAUACCAGAAGCCAUGGAGAUGUUUAAUGUCAGGAUAAUCAGUGUCACUGGUGGAGCGAGAAUUGCUACCUUCAGUUCAGUACGGGUAGCCAUCCUGAAAAAUGAUUCUCCAACUGGACUCUUCAGAUUUCAAACCACAGAGGUGUCAACAAAAGAAUCAGGUUCUAGUACUGACCCAGAAGGUCAAGCAUCACUGGUUGUCGAGAGAGUGCAAGGAGCACAAGGAUUGGUGCAUGUUGAAUGGAGGCUUGCCGCCAAUGCAGAAGAUGACUUCCUCCCUCCAUUACAGGGAACUCUAACCUUUAAUGAGGGUGAAGCAAGGAAGAACAUUGUCCUUCAGACCAAACCAGACACCAUAUUAGAAGGAGAGGAGAGAUUUGUGGUGUCCUUGACAUCUGCAAGCAAUAAUGCCAACAUUGCUGUGAAACAAGCAGACGCCACUGUGAUCAUUGAGGCAAAUGGAGGUUCUAGUGGAACAGUUUCAAUAGAAGCCACAUCCCGGACUGUGUACAUUGGGGAACCAAAUGUUGCUCAGGGAUACAAUGGACAGACCGAGAUAGUUCUGACUCGAGGAAAUGGUGUAUUUGGUGCUAUUGGUGUCACAUGGUCGCUGAGUCCGGAAUCGCAACAGUUCCAGCAAGUCGAGGGAACCAUCAACUUUGUUGACCAGCAGCAGACGGCAACAGUUGUCCUUGAGGCAAAGGAUGACACAGUGCCAGAGUUGAGAAAAACAUAUACAUUUGUCAUCAGUGCUGCAACUGGAGGUGCCACCAUAACGACAGAAACAGCCAAGUUGGCACAGGUUGUGUUUGUGGCUAGCGACUACCCUCACGGGCGGUUCGAGUUCUCUCAGCCUCAGCUUGUCUCAGUGGCAGAAGAUGUGGGAACAGUUCAGAUUGAGGUGCGUCGCCAGGACGGGAAUGUCGGGCAGGUGCAGGUGUCCUACACGUCAACACAAGACACCGCCAUCAGUGACCAGGAUUACUUCCCCGUGGCCGGGACGCUACGGUUUGAGAGUGGGGUCCAGACAUUGCCCAUACAGGUGACCAUCAGGCCAGAUAACCUCCCAGAAGGUCCAGAACAGUUCUACCUCAACCUCACUUCUGCGCAGCUGCUCAGCCCAACUGACAAUGACUACAGCAGGCGAGGCAGCCUGCAGCUGGACAUGCGGCCUGCUAUCGGAGGCGUGGACGUCAAGACCAUUCUCAUACAGAAGAAUGAUAACGCAGAGGGAACCAUUGAGUUUGCUCCGGAGGCUGCCAGUUUCACAGUGAAAGAAGAAGAUGGUUUGGCCCGUGUACCACUCACCCGACUGGGUGGUAGCUAUGGUGAUGUCAGUGUCCGGUACGACGUACAGUCUGUCAGCGCUGUCGAGGGUCAGGACUACGUUGGAACUGGAGGUGUUGUGCAGUUUGACAGUGGAGUUGAUGCUGCCACAAUCAACGUCACCUUGAAUGAUGACUCAGAGAUGGAGUUUGAGGAGACAUUCACAUUGCGGUUAACCAUUACUACAGGUGGUGCUCAACUGGGUUCACGCACAACAUCUACUGUGACCAUUGCAAAGUCAGACUUCCCCAAUGGAGAGUUCCGCUUCAAUGGACAGCUAGACAUUACGAUGCAAAACCCUUCUAGAGAGGCUACUAUACCUGUUGAGAUUGAACGGACAGGCGGAUCGCUUGGCGAGCAAACUGUAUCAUGGAGAAUAAUGGGACCAAAUAACCCAGACACUGUCCUUGACGACACGAGCGACAUAAGCUACACCAACAAUGGACAAGAAGUGACUUCAGGGACACUAGUAUGGGCAGAUGCAGAGCAAGGCCCUAAGGGCUUCACCCUCAAGGUCAAACCCUACUCCAGCUGGGAGGUGGAGGAGGUCUUCAUAGUCAAGAUCUUCAACAUUGUAGGGUCUUCAGGAAAUGGCAAUGGUGAACCCAGCCCAACUGCUGGUCAGAUCAAGAUCACUGUUCAAAAGUUUGGCAGCCCAAAUGGUGUGAUUGGUUUCGAUGGUGCUGCUCGGUCAGAUCGAGAGGUAGAGGAGCCAGCAGGUAGUGGAACUCUUACUGUCAACUUCCCCCUGAGUCGCAGAGCGGACACCGGUGUGGUAGGAACUCUGCAGGUAAAUGUUCUCAGAACCUGGGUGCAAGUAGAUCACAGAACGGGCAGGACUGAUCAGCAUUCAAUUUUACCGGAUGAAGAACCAGAAAUGACGGAGACCUUCAAGCUUGUGUUGACAAGAAUAGAAGGGGGAGCAGACAUUGAUGCAACCUACAAACAGUCCACCUUCAAAAUAAGAUAUAAUGACAAUCCUCAUGGACAAUAUGGAAUUCUGGCAGAAAAUCAAAGAAUAUCAGUAGAUCCGUCUGAUUUGAAGAGAAGACUACACCUCAACUUCACUCGUCAUGAUGGCAGCUUUGGACGUACGACCCUGGAAUACAGAGCUAACUAUGAUGAGCCUCAGAUUGGCAUCACAGUCAGCUCUAACACUGACUCUGUGACCUUUGAGGAAGGCCAGUCAUCGGCGACCAAAGUUCUAGACAUUGGCGGUAACGGUUUCCUGGAGAUUGGCACCACCUUCACCGUUACACUUGACCGUGUCCAAUUUCUGGGACCAGGAGUGACUGACCCACCAAGACUGAAGGGAGGCGAGACUGAGGCUAAGAUUCCUGUCCCAGCACCAGCUGCUAACAGUAAAGUGAGCUUCAGGCAGACUGUCGUCAAUGUGAACGAAGAAACCAAAACAGUUCUGUUGAUGGUCAAGCGAGAUGGCACGUAUGGUGUCAUUAAUGUGGAUUGGGUGUCUGGUCUGCCCACUGAGGAGCUGCCAGCCAAUACCCUCAAUGGUGAAGUCACAAGUGCUGCUGGAACAGUCCCGAUGGCUAACGGAAUGGAGAACGCCAACUUCACUGUUCAGGUGAAUCCCCGACAAAACCAGGCGGAAUUAUUUGCAGUGCGUCUUCCUGGUCCACCCAAGACAACUGUGGAUGGUGGUGCUAGGAUUGUACCAGACCAAGCAGUGGCCAGGAUAGAACCGUAUGGCCUCAUUCAGUUUGAUGUUAACUCUCGUACACCUGAUGUUACUGAGAGUUUGAGACAGGUGACCUUGACUGUCAAUCGGGUGUAUGGCUCUGUCGGCCGAGUGGAGGUCCGAUACACCACCCAGAGUGGAUCAGCACAAGGGAACAUUGACUUCCGGGACAUAAGUGGUGGCGUCGCAGCGAUGAAUGAAGGCGAAGUAUCUGCCACCUUCAGCAUUGACAUUUACACAGACAAUCUGCCGGAGGAGACAGAAAUAUUCUACGUCAACCUGACUCAUGUCACUUUGUUCCCCACCCCUCAAAACCCUGUUCCCUCUCCAAGACUCAGUGACCUGUACUCAACUUCCACAGUCUCCAUCCAGGAGAGCAAUGACCCCUACGGUGUUCUCUGCCUGGAACCAUGGACAUUCACAACACAGGAGAAAUUCACUGUCAUCGUCCUGACUGUCGUGCGGACAGGUGGAGUGUUUGGACAAGCAUCUGUGAGGGUUAGGACAGUUGGAGGCGAUGAACUGUGGACAUCAGAAAUAGCUAUCAACACUGGCAGCCCCGGCGGCAACAACACCAUCAGCGAGGUACUCAGGAACAGGGACCGUAACACCAAAGCCAUUGGAGGCACAGACUAUUCAGUGCUGGAUACAACAGUUACUCUACAGGCAGGGGAGACCAGCAAACAAGUAAAUGUGACCAUCCUCGAUGAUGACACCGCUGAGCCGAAAGAGGUGGUCCUUGUGUACCUGACUGAUCCUGUAGGUGGCGCCAGGGUGGCUCGGGGGGAGCCUGAUGGGGGCAAGAGGGGUUUUGCCAUGAUAACAAUCCAAGCCAGCGACACAUCUAAUGGUCGCAUUGGGUUUGCACAAGCCUCCCAGAAUGUGAGAGUGAGUGAGGACACUGUAAGCCCCAACGCCACCUUGACCCUGCUCAGACAGAUGGCGUUCUUUGGGGAAGUCAGGGUGUCAUGGAAAGCCAAGAAAUCACCAAGUUCCUCGGACACAGAUGAUGCUACAUUGUCCUCCCAGUUGACUGCCCUGACUGGGGUCACUGUUUGUCCAGCAGGACAACAGACAUGCCCACUGGUUGUCGGGCUUAUUGAUGAUAAGGACCCUGAGGAGGAGUUCCAGUUUGUUGUUGAGCUCCUGGCAGCCGUCGAGGAUGCUGAGCUGAAUGAAGGAAGUCUGUUUGCCACUGUGGUCGUGGAGGCGAGUGACUUUGUGAGAGGACAGAUUGGCUUUAUCCGAGCUUCACUGCUGGCCAUUGUUGGGGAUGAGGACAGGACCGUGCGUUUGACAGUUGAACGCACUAUGGGACAAAACUAUGAUGUGGAGGUAUCAUAUGAGACAUAUGAGACUACAAAGAUUGAAGACGCAGGAGUUGACAUCUAUCCUGCAGUUGCAUCUCAAGACUUCAACACACAGUCCGGAACCCUUCAGUUUGCAUCUGGGUCACAGAAUUCCCUGAAGACCAUUGAUGUCGCACUCUCACCGAUCACAAGCUCCAACAACCCCCUACCAAAACAGUUCCGCCUCAGGCUCAAACUCCCCAAAAAUGGAGCUAGUCUUAAGCCAAACAGUGCAGAAGCCACAGUUCGCAUUGUGAGUCAGAAAGAUGUUGGUAUCUGGACGACUAUUGCUGAGAGAUUUAACACACCUCUAACCGAUCCAAAUAUUCAGAAUACCCUGGCCCAGCUGGACACCAUAGUGAGAGAUGACCUGGAUGAUAACACCAUAAAGUUGAUAGAGGACACCCUGUCCAGCAUCACAAAGGAAGGAGAAAAGAGGAAACUCUCAGAUGAGGUGAUCACGCGCACGUUGGGCCUGUACUGCAAGCUGAUGGAGCCCGGAGCCACAGAUGCCAGGAAGGGGAAAUACUCCUUGGCCAAGUCCCUGGAAGCAUUUGCAUACACUCUCGUGAAGGGUGCACCUUGCCUGGACCCAGCUCACCCUGAUGUUGGGAAACUAGUAUCUUAUGAGUGCAACACAGUCAAACUGUCGGCUGGGAGAAUCCCUAUAGACACCCUGACAGGAUUCAGCUUCACAGGACAGCGCAGUGAUGAAUUGAAGUUUCCAAACAAGAUACCCAAUAUGCCUUCCACAGGAAAAGAGUGCAAGGAUGUAAGUUUCAUAGAAUACAACAGCGACCUCUGGUUCCAGACAGAAACACCAACGGCAUUACUGAACGGCAAGGUCAUAUCGAUCGGCAUCAAGGGUCAGUCUUCAGGAUAUUCAGAAGAUCCUGUCACGUUCAAGGUCCACAGUCCCGACCGUCGGGUGUCCACAUCUACAGCAGAGUGUGUGUAUUUCGAUGAGACUGCAACCAAGUGGACGAAUCCUACAGAUGCAUGUAAGGUGACGAAUGCUGUGACUCUGGGAGACGAGGACUUUGUGGGAUGUUCGUGUAACCACAUGACUAGCUACUCUGUGAUCGCCAAAACAAUGGACCCUGGCUUGGUGUACUACGAGUUGUGGUUCUACAUCUGCUGUGCUAUUUGUAUGGCAUGUCUUCUGAUUGUGAUAGUCCUCCAUCAUGUCUGCUUCCAACAACCCAUGAUAUCAGCCAGUCUGUUCAUGCAUCUUCUGUUUGCUGCCUUUGCCACUCUGCUCUGCAUGGUGCUAUCGGCCUACCUGAGUAAAAGUCAGCUCAUCCUUGUGUCCUCAACCACUGACAACAACUACAGGUGCAUCAUCAUGGGGCUGUUCCUGCAUUACUUCUUCGUUGCUCAGUUCACCUGGAUCAUGACACUGGCUGUGAACCUGUGGAAACUCCUCGUAAUGAAUGAUGAGCAUACAGAGAGGAAAUAUGUUCUCUUCUUCUUCCUCGGAUGGGGGCUGCCGUUGUUGAUUGUAGGAGUUUUCUAUGCAAUAGUGUACAACCUGUAUAAGUAUGUGUAUACAUUGCCUAUGGACUUCAUAUACGGAGAUGUUAACAACAACAGUGAAAUGUGCUUCAUAACCAACCCGUAUGCUGCUCUGGGUGGUGUCAUUGUCCCAGUGUUGAUCAUCCUUCUCGUGGUGUGCGUUGUCUUCAUCAAGGCCUUCCAGAUGUCUGGCCAGUGGGAGUCCUAUGAUGACAUCUACAGGGGCAGAUACAACAGGAUGGAGAUCAAGCUGAUGUUGCUCAUGUGGGGCUUGCUGGCAUUCACCUGGUUGUGGGCUGGGCUACACAUGGUGUAUGGCCAGCUGUGGUUGAUCAUCCUGUUCUGUGUGUUUAUUCUCAUACUGGGAUUGUUUACCUUCAUUGUCUACGGAAUCCUCCGCAACCCGUGUAUGCCGUACUACAGCACUCACAAGGCAAGCUAUGCCGUCAGCAUCAAUGACUUUGACUCCAUCCACCCAUCGGCAGUACCACACUACCACUAUCAGCCAUCACCUGGCCCAGCCAGCUUUAAGGGCUCAAGGGCCUCCCUUCUACAUGAGGCAUGGGAGCGUGAUUCCAUUGGCCCACGAAGUCAGAUGACUGUGAAAAGAGCUCUUCCAUCUCAAGUUUACAUCAACCCUCCUGUAUCCAUCAUCAGCGGACCGUCACACAGCGACAUGGAAGAUCGGGACUUUGACGAGUUGUUAUAUGCAUUAAAAGCAGGGGGAAGUUUUGCCCCCAGCGAGGUGUCACAUGGUGCCGAUAAUUUGUCUGUUCAGUCCGACAGACUUGAGAGAUACGAAACAAAAAGAAUAGAUAUCGCAGACACACACUUAUAAAUGUUGUUAAUGUGCUUUUUGUACUUACUGACACAUUAGGAAUUACACAAAGCUAGAUGUUCUGGAUUCAACAUGCCAAUCCCUGUACACACAAAGAAACUAUCUUGUCACAAGGCGCUGAUUUUCUUAUUUGUUUUCUUUCUGAAGUUUGGAAAAUGUUCAUGAAAUAAAAAUGUAAAAAAAUAUUUCUUCCUGCUAUUAACUUGAUUUAUAAAAGAUCUACAUUGCUUUUUCAUCAUUCAUAUUUUGACAAUCUUUGAUGUUUUUAAAUUUGUCAACCAAUUAUGAAAAAGGCCUCAAUUUGAAAUGUGUUUGCACAUCAUGUAUUUUUGAUAUGUUGUUACAUAUAUUUUUCAAAUGUCAGAAAUAAUCUUUUGAAGACAAGAAAUAUUCCUUUCUGUACAUCUUUUUAGCAUGAAUAAGAAUCUGGUCAGUCAUUAAUGUUGAAUAUCUCACCAAAUAUUUUGAAAUUACAUAACUGGUGAACAUGUAACCAGUCAUGCUGACUGAUCUGUUGAUGUAUUGUCUUGUUACCUGGUUCAAUGAUGUUGGUUUGUACCCUUGUUUAAUGGACGUCAUGUUAUCCCUUUGUAUGUAUUGUUAUGUUAACUACAUGUGGCUUUAUCUCACAUUGCCUAGUUGCUGUAGUUAUGGACGUAGCCAUCUCUCAUACUGUACAUACGUAGAGUCAGGGCACUAUAGAUACCUGUGGAGAUUCUGUUGUGGCAGUACCCUAUC